AUGGCCUGGACGCAGGCAUCUAUACGCAUGCAGAAGUCCAGAAAGCCCGCUCUCUGCACGUUCCGGGCCCUUCCAUCCAUCCAUACACACAGCGAACCCAGACACGUUCCGCUGACACCCAUCCAUGCAUCUGCCAUCCCUCACCGGAUAUCCGGUUUAUUCGGCGCGCAUGCCGGCCCAUCGUGCGUUUGUGCGAUUCCACAUGAAUGUGUGUCGAAAGACGAACAUCUGGACCAUACUGGCCGCAACGCGCCUUCCCCAUCUCUCCUUCUAGCUGUGACUCCCCCACUACCCUCGUCUUGCUCGCGCCUUCCAAUUAUCUCAUGCAAGGAACUCCAGCCCCGAUCGAAACAGGCGAAGCACCCCCAAUCGCCAACACGGCUGCCGGCCAAUGCGCGCGUCGUAUUCUCGAACAGGGUUUCUGACUCUCGCGGCCCGAAAGAGUCGCCGAACCAAGGAGCGAGCAACAACCUCGGGCGAACCCCGCUCGCGCUGGAUAUAGCGCGGGCUCUGUAUCUAUAG